AUGACAAACUCUUACAACCAAAUCGUGCUCCUGGCGGUAUCCGUCGGCUCUUUCAACUACAGUCUAAGUUUCGGCACUUCAUCAGCCAUCAUUGGCCUUGAAGGAUUUCUCGAUUAUUUCCGACUUCACCUUGAAGGUGAAGAAGCAUCUUAUGCCAGCUCGAUGCAAGGCGCUUUCACUGGUGUCUUCUUUGCAGGUGGAUUCUUCGGCAGUUUCAUCUUUGCAUGGCUCGCGGACUACAUCGGAAGAAAACGUGCCUUAGAUGUAAUGAGUAUUGUAGCAUUGAUCGGCAGUAUCGUUUCUGGUGCUUCAUUUCAUAUUGGAAUGCUUCUUGCCGGUCGAGUAAUCACAGGUCUCGCAUCUGGUGGAAUGAAUGUGAUCCCUCCCAUGUUCCAAUCCGAAGUCUCUGUUGCGGAACAUAGAGGUCGAAACGUGAGCCUCCAUGGUUUCAUGUUCGUUGCUGGUUUAGCCACAGCCAAUUGGGCAGGACUUGGCGCCAACUUCAGUCCAAAUGAACAGCUACAAUGGCGACUAUUACUUGCUUUACAAGCUGUGCCCUCAAUCCUCCUUCUUGUGCUACGAUUCUGGCUUCCUGAGACACCCAAAUGGCUCACCUUGAAUGGUCGACCUGACGAGGCGCUAGGUACACUCAAAAACCUACACGAUGACGGCUCGGACGCGGAACACCAACGAGCUCUGCACGAGCAACAAGAAAUCGUGCAACAGAUCGAACUAGACUCUCGACACGAUACAUCUUGGAAAGCUCUAUUCACUCGUCCGAGCGCCCGUCGAAGGAUGCUGCUAGGUAUAUUUCUCAUGUUCUUCCAGCAAAGUACCGGUCAGAAUGUCCUGUAUGGUUUACAGAUCAAUAUUCUCAAUUCCCUUGGUCUCACAGGCUGGAAAGCUUCUUUGGUAAUCAGUUGCUACAUCACCUGGGCGGCAUUCCUGAACUUUGUUGGGGCUGCUUUGCUCGAUCGAGUUGGCAGGAGAACUAUGCUGUUGAUUGGUCUGGCUGGUACGACAAUCGCUGGUGCAAUUCACACUUCAUUGGCUGUGACAUAUGGAGGAGGGUCGAACAAAGUUGGUGCGGGAGCUACGGUUGCGUUUCUAUUCUUGUUCAUAACCUUCUUUGCCCCGUGCAUCGAUGUCACCUCUUAUGUCUAUGGUGCCGAGAUUUUCCCCACUUACAUGCGGGCAAGAGGCCUUGCGGUGACGAUCGCCACUUACUUUGGUUUCGCGGCUGUGUACACUGCUGCCAGUACUGCUGCCAACAAUAGUAUCGGCGCCAAAUUCAACAUGGUUUUCAUCAGUCUCUCAGCGUUCGUGGUGGCGUACUAUGUAUUUCCUGAAACGAAAGGACUCAGUAUGGAAGAGAUGGGAAUCUUAUUCGGCGAGGAGACCGAAGUGGCCCAUAUUGAAAGCGGGACGGUCUCGCCCAGUGAUCCCAAGAUUGAACCCGUUAACAUUCAAGUACAAUCGGUGGCAGUCAAGGAGUCAAAUGUUUGA